AUGCGUUUUGCAGCAGUUCGGUACCGUAGUCUGAAAAGAAGGAAAAUACGCAUGCGCUUUGGGAAGAACGGGGGCGUAGCAGUGAGCCGUGCAUGGACCGAUGCGGAGGCUCUGCGAAAACAAUACGCUCGUGCGCAGUACAGCUCGCUGGUUGUGUCGCGCGCGCGGCUAUAUAGUGUAAAUAAAUCAAUGCGCAUGCUCCUAAAGCCUCGGAGAGCGCAUGCGCAGCGGGACGCCUGCGUCUUCCGACUGCCGUGA